AUGUACCGGCGUGUGGAAGCUGACAUCCCGGCAGAUAAAAAGGCCACUUCGCUGUUAAAACUUAUAUACCUCGAGAUGUUCGGCUACGAUAUGUCCUGGGCCUCCUUCCAUGUCCUCGAGGUCAUGUCUUCGCCGAAAUUCCACCAGAAGCGUGUUGGAUACCUUGGAGCCGUGCAGAGCUUCCGUGUUGAUACUGAAGUCCUCAUGCUGGCUACCAAUCUUUUGAAAAAGGAUAUUGUAUCUGCUCAGGUUCCUACAAUGUCCCUGCCUCUAAUCACACUUCCGCAUAUCAUCUCGCCCUCUCUUGCAUUGUCACUGCUCUCAGACCUGUUACCUCGCUUGACACACUCACAUUCAGUAGUAAGGAAGAAAACGGUGGUUAAUCUCUACCGGCUGUCGUUGGUAUAUCCGGAGGCAUUCCGCAUAGCGUGGCCAAAGAUAAAGGAUAGAUUAAUGGACACAGAGGAAGACGGGAGUGUCACAGCAGCCGUUAUAAAUGUCGUCUGUGAACUAGGCUGGAGGAGACCACAGGACUUCUUACCUCUGGCACCACGUUUAUUUGAACUGCUGGUUGACGGAGGGAAUAAUUGGAUGGCCAUAAAAAUAAUCAAGCUUGUAAGUUUGACCUUUCUCAAGUUAACCAAGAAAUAUAUAGUAGCUAACAGGGGAAAUAAGUUUGCUUCGUUAACUCCGCUUGAACCAAGGUUGGUUAAGAAGCUCAUACGGCCUCUAACUAACAUCAUUCAAACGACUUCCGCCAUGUCUUUAUUAUAUGAAUGCAUCAACGGUAUCAUCCAGGGUGGCAUUCUUGACGGCGUAGAAGGGAUCCGUGAAGGGGAGGUCAUUGCACAAUUAUGUGUAGACAAGCUCCGAGGCAUGCUUGUGUUGGAAGAGGAUCCCAACUGUAAGCUCACCCUCGUUGGAAGCACAAUGGAUUAA